UCUGGGCGCUUGUAAAAAAAUGUUGGACUAUAUAAUAAACCACGAAAACGAACCUGAACUGCCUCCAGCUGUCAUCGCCCUACGACGACGAUGGCCUGGUCGUUCCUUGAGGACCCACACACAUCUUCGGUGUCCCACCCGUAGCAGAGAGACGCUCGUUCGACACGUUCACAUUCUUCGCGUACAUCGUACCAACGUGCCUCUCUUACUAUGUCGCUGCCGUCCUAGUCAUUCUCCCCGCAACGCGUGUGUUGCGCGUCGCACUGUGGCCACUCGUCGCCCUCUUGGCUUUUCGAGCUACCAUGGAGAUCGGUUUCACAGGCGGGGAUCCUCAGAAAACGUUUCUCAACGUUGAUAUUGCGCUCAUUGUGUUCUGCUUCGUGGUCCGCACGCUCGAAUGGACAACUGCAAAAGAUCCACUCAAGCGACAUCUCCAGCCUGCUGGUUCUUCCCCUUCCAUCUUCAUGGACGCGCUGGACCUCUCCACAAACGUCCGCGGUGUCGGUUGGAACUGGUCCAAAAGCCUUUGUUUUCCUCCGGACGCACGUCCCUUCUCGCGUAGAUGGUUCAUAGUAUAUGUCUUACUCUCCACUUGGUACUACAGCGUUGUAUGUGGUGCAUCCCACCUUGCUACGCAAGCAUUUUCGCCCGGGACCUUCACUGUUCUAACUGGAGGCACGCUCUUCGAUGCGACACUUCCUCCUCUUAUCCGAUAUGUUCGAUCCAUUAUCAUCACUGCCUUCGCCGCAGUUGCCAUCUUUGCUGUUAUGCAACUAAUAUAUGACGUUGCUACGCUCAUUGGUGUCAUCGUGUUUCGGCAAGACCCUGCACAAUGGCUACCUGUAUUUGACAAGUCGUGGGGGGCAGACUUCCCACGCGACCUCUGGGGUUAUAGGUGGCAUCAACCGUUUCGGCGGACAUUCGUCGUCGUCGGAUGACCUCUUGGGAUCGCGUUCGGACGUAUGGGAUAUGUGCUGGGAUCAU